CAGGCGGCUGCCGAAGAUGGCGGAGGGACAGGUUCUAGUAUUGGAUGGCCGAGGCCAUCUUCUGGGGUACCUGGCGGCCAUUGUGGCCAAGCAGGUACUGCUGGGCCGAAAGGUCGUGGUUGUACGCUGUGAGGGCAUCAACAUUUCUGGAAAUUUCUACAGAAACAAGUUAAAGUAUCUGGCGUUUCUCCGAAAGCGGAUGAAUACCAACCCCUCUCGAGGCCCCUACCACUUCCGAGCCCCGAGCCGUAUGUUUUGGCGCACGGUGCGAGGCAUGCUGCCCCACAAGACCAAGAGAGGCCAGGCUGCCCUGGAACGCCUCAAGGUGUUGGAUGGGAUCCCUCCACCCUAUGACAAGAAAAAGCGGAUGGUGGUCCCUGCUGCCCUCAAGGUUGUACGGCUGAAGCCUACCAGAAAGGUUGCUUACCUGGGGCGUCUGGCUCAUGAGGUCGGCUGGAAGUACCAGGCAGUGACCGCCACUCUGGAGGAAAAACGGAAGGAAAAGGCCAAGAUGCACUAUAGGAAGAAGAAGCAGCUCUUGAGGCUACGGAAAUAGGCAGAAAAGAAUGUGGAGAAGAAAAUCUGCAAGUUCACAGAGGUCCUCAAGACCAAUGGACAAUGGACUCCUGGUGUGAACCCAAUAAA